AUGUCACAACAAGAGUUAGUGAAGUGUAAAGACAUUAAUAGGAAGUUGAUGUCUCAAGAUGAAGGAGUUGCGUUUAAUACCCCCGUCGAUCCCGUUGCACUACGCGUCCCGACAUACCCCACCGUCAUAAAAUAUCCCAUGGAUUUGGGGACCAUCAAAAGGAAGUUAGGCGAUAAGAAAUACACAACAAAGGACGAAUUCUAUAUGGACGUCAUAUUGACGUUCCAAGACGCAAUCUACUUUAACCACCCGGAGAGUGAAGUCCACCAUUGGGCCGUGAAACUUGAAGGACUCUUCUUGAAGUUGUGGACGACUGCGUUUGGCGCGACAAAACCGACUGCGGUUGAUCCAAGACUCCCCAUCGCACUGAGUCAAACUGUUGGGACUGCUCCCCUUGAACCAUUAACACCGUUAUAUUCUUUGUUGAAUCCGAGUGAGACGGGGAUCGAGAAAAAUAAGGCGAAGACGAAGAAAAGCUCGAAAAGGGGGGAGAAGAUAUUCACCGACGCCGAGUUACAGAAAUUGAAAUGCGAUUUGAAAACAAUAGAAAAAGACAAGGAGAAGAUGCGCAGAGUCUUCGAGAUCAUUCGCGUCGAUCGAAAGGGGAAGGCAGAAGUUUCUAUUAGUCUGAAAAGUUGCACAAACGAACAGCUGAAGGAGCUGCAAGAGGUCGUCGGUCUGAAAAGUGAUGGGAACAAAAAGGUCGAGGAGGAACUUGAGAAGUUGACGGGCACACAAAGCAUUGGAAAGCCACAAAAGGCUAUGGACUCUGAGAGUGAAAGCGAGUUAUCGUCGUCUUGUUCUGCUGAUUCUCCAAAGUCUAAUUGA